UCUUCGUCGAGGUGGAGACAAUCGGAGACGCGUACAUGGUGGUGUCAGGGUUACCAGUUCGCAACGGCCGGUUGCACGCCCGCGAGAUUUCCCGCAUGUCCCUGGCACUCCUGGAAGCCGUGCGCAACUUCAAAAUACACCACCGGCCUGAGCAGCAGCUCAAGCUGCGGAUUGGCAUCCAUAGCGGUCCCGUCUGCGCAGGAGUCGUAGGCUUGAAGAUGCCUCGUUAUUGUCUCUUUGGAGACACGGUCAACACAGCUUCGCGCAUGGAGUCCAACGGUGAAGCAUUGAAGAUCCACUUAUCGGCGGCCACCAAAACCAUCCUUGAAGAGUUUGGGUGCUUCGAACUGGACCUCCGAGGAGACAUAGAGAUGAAGGGCAAGGGGAAACUCCGGACAUACUGGUUGAUGGGCGAACGGGUCAGCAGUACCCGAGGAUGAUGAGAAGAUGGAGAAGACACUUCCUCCUGUUUCCUUCAAGGAGAUCCACCUUCUUAGCUGAGGCACCCGAGACCGUCUUCAAAGAACCCAUUGGCUUUGAGUUGAGGGCACCACGGAUGGACCUCAGGGGACUAUCCUUGCUCCCCUGCCCCCGUUUCCUUUCACUUCUUCACCACCCCAGGUCCUAAGGUUGGGUAGAUCAGGAGAGGAUGACCCGGAAGAGGCCUUCUACUCUACCUGCAUGAUGGGAUGUUCUGGAGAAGCUGGCUUAUGCUCCGUCACUUUUACGGGCCACCUCCUCAUCUUUUCUGGGGACGUUGGAGAAUUUGGAACUUUCUGUGGUCGAGCUGGCUGUCACAAGGGGAGGCCUGGACUGUACACAACUCUUGUGAUGGUCGCACACACACAAUCCUGCGGCUUCCCGGGAGCUGCAGAUUUUACAAUAAACAGAAUGUAUAGGUUUGUUUUUGGUUGACGUGAAGUUCCAAGGUCACAGAGGGUCUUGUUCUUGUAUGUGAAGCUUUGAAAGCCCCCCCGC